GUGUAGUUGUGAAACUGCUUUUUCCUUCUUCCCUGUAUGUAUCAGACUAUGGUGAGAUACUGGGGGAAAUCGAUUUCUUGAAUCAUGGAGUUACAACUUCUUUCCUGUUCUUCUUCUUCUUGACACUUUUUCUUUUACCAAGAAUUGUUGAAUGCAAGAAUUCAAUGAGUCCCAGAGGACGAAUUCAACUGGAAAUCGAAAGAUCAAGAUUCAGUGAAUUAAAUAUGAUAUUGCUGGCGCCUCGCGGUUCUAUUACAAAAAUGAAGGAAAUAUUCUAGUGUUUUCUAUUGUCAGGCUCCAGUGCCUCUAGAACUUCUGGGAAAAAUGAAGAAGAUGGCACUUUCAUUGUGUCCCCAGAAUCCACUGGUGGGGAGUGGCACGCUGCCGUUCCAUUCCUUCAAUGGUUCAUCCGUUUCUAGUAAUGGGUUCUGGUCGAAGCAUCGCAAUGAUGUGAGGUACAAUCAGCUGCAGAAGCAGGAUGCAGCAGGUGGCCGCUACAGUGCGAGAGCAACAGACAAUCAAAGUGAUGGGGACCUGUGUAUGGCAAAUGAACGCCAAGAUGAUGCUCAAGAUCCAUCUGUCCAUCCAUGGGGUGGAUUGACUGCAGCCAGGGAUGGGACACUCACGCUCUUGGAUUGCUAUCUUUACUCAAAGUCUUUAAAGGGGCUUCAAACUGUGUUUGACAGUGCUUGUGCAAGGGAAAGGGAAAGGGAACAUGAAUUGCUUUAUCCAGAUGCAUGUGGGGGAGGUGGAUGAGGAUGGAUAAGCCAAGGAAUUGCAGGAUAUGGUAGAGGUCAUGGAACAAGAGAAACAUGUUCUCUUCAUACUGCCAGAUUG